GUUUGUGCGUCUUCCUGGAUUUCAUAAUAAACAUUAACAAUCCACAAAACACCACACCCGUGACACUCACAAUAUGGCUACGGUUAGCUUUAGUGGCUCACCUUAAGUCUUAACAAAAGAGCUCUAAGAUGGCAGCACCCACAUUUAUGUCAAAAAGAAGGUGGAUAAGGGGUGUAUUAACCCUGCACUCCAGUUUUCCUGAAACCGGUUUUCUCUCUCUCUCUCUCUCUCUCUCUCUCUCUCUCUCUCUCUCUCUCUCUCUCUCUCUCUCUCUCUCUUAGGAACAGCAGGUUGGGUAACUUAUUUACUCAUUUACAGAGGGAAAUCAAAAUCCUGUUCAACCUCUAGAAAGCACAACAUUUUAUGGAAACUCGACACAGACAUUAAAGGUGAAAAAUUGACAUGAAAAGUCUUAAAAAUGAGCCUUUAUGAGGAGAAAAAGGAAGAUGUACAGUACCACAAAACACAAUGUUCAGAGCUCAGCUGUGUGUCUAUGAAGAGUAAAGAUUCCAUUUUUCAGCCUCCUAAUCUUAAUAAUGGAGCGAUGACCUCUGACCCCAUAGAGGAGAAAGAUUAUUCCAGCAACUCUGUAAAAUCCCAUCUGACAUGCACUGCUUUAAUGGAGACCUUCUUCAGGCAACAGAGAUUCAAAGAUACUCACAAAUCCAUCUUAAAGAACAAAUAUGGGAGCUUAUUUGAGGGAAUCAAACUACAGAAGAACAAAACCCUCCUGAACAGAAUUUACACGCAGCUGUACAUCAUAGAGGGAGAGAGUGGACGAGUGAAUGAAGAACAUGAGGUUUUACAGAUGGAGAAAACACACAGAACACAACACUUACAAGACACAAGAAUCUACUGCAAUGACAUCUUUAAACCUUUACCUGAAUCAGAAUACAAAACAGUGAAGAGAAAAGAGAAAAAGACAAAAAUAAAGAGCGUUCUCACUCAAGGCAUCGCUGGAAUUGGAAAAACAGUCUCUGUGCAGAAGUUCAUUCUGGAUUGGGCUGAAGGAAGAACCAAUCAAGAUAUAGACUUCAUGUUUGUGCUUCCAUUUAGAGAGCUGAACUUGAUUCAAGAUGAUCAGUACAGUCUUCACAAACUUCUGCUUGACUUUCAUCCUGAACUUCAAGAUCUGGACUCAAAGGUUUAUGAUGAGUGUAAAGUUGUGUUCAUCUUUGAUGGUCUGGAUGAAAGCAGAAUAACACUGAUGUUUUCAGACGGUGAGAUAGUUUCUGAUGUGAAUCAGGCUUCAUCAGUUGGUGUGUUGAUGUCAAACCUGAUCAAAGGAGAUCUGCUUCCAUCUGCUCUCAUCUGGAUCACCUCCAGACCAGCAGCAGCUAAUCAGAUCCCAUCUAAAUACAUCAACCGUGUGACAGAAAUCCAGGGAUUCAAUGAUCCUCAGAAGGAGGAAUAUUUCAGGAAGAGAAUCAGUGAUGAACAUCAAGCCAGCAGAAUCAUCUCACACAUUAAAAAAACAAGAAGUCUCCACAUCAUGUGUCACAUACCAGUCUUCUGCUGGAUCUCAUCCACUGUGCUUCAAAACAUCCUAAAACAAGAUCACAGAACAGAAAUCCCCAAAACUCUGACUGAAAUGUACAUCCACUUCCUGCUGAUUCAGAUGAAUAUAAAGAAUGAGAAGUAUGAUGAGAGAGAUCCACAGAAACUCUUGCAGUCUAACAGAGAAAUGAUUGUCAAACUGUCUAAACUGGCUUUCAAACAGCUGAUGAAGGGUAAUGUGAUGUUUUAUGAGGAGGACCUGAGAGAUUGUGGGAUAGACAUAAUUGACGCCUCAUUGUAUUCUGGGAUCUGUACUGAGAUCUUUAAGGAGGAAUCUGUGAUUCAUCAGAGGAAAAUUUACUGCUUCAUACAUCUCAGCUUUCAGGAGUUUCUGGCUGCUUUCUAUGUGUUUUAUUCCCAUUUAACCAAGAACACAAAAUCACUGCACUUGUUUCUUGGAAAAAAAUGUAAGAGUGGGGACAGCUCUUUGUUUGAGUUACUAACAUCAACAGUUCAUAAAAGCCUUCUGUAUGAAAAUGGACAUCUGGAUCUUUUCCUGCGAUUCCUGCUGGGCAUCUCACUGGAAUCCAAUCAGAGACUCUUACAGGAUUUACUGCCACACACAGAGGAGAGUUCAAAGAGCAUCAAGAAAACCACAAAUUACAUUAUAGACAAAAUCGAUGAUGAAAAUUGUCUGUUAUCCGACAGAUACAUCAAUCUGCUUCUCUGUCUGCUUGAAAUGAAGGUUCAGUCUCUGCACAGACAGAUUCAAGAGUUUUUGCCAUCACAGACACUCUCUGCUGCUCACUGUUCAGCAAUAGCCUACAUGAUUCAAAUGUCUGAGGAAGUGCUGGAUGAGCUGGACCUCAAGAAAUACAACACAACACAGGAGGGUAGAAGAAGACUUGUACCAGCUGUGAUUAACUGCAGAAAAGCAUUAUUUGCAAGCUGUAGUCUCACUGAUGAAUGCUGUGAAAGUUUGGCUGCAGCUCUAGAGUCAUUCAACUCCCCCCUGAGAGAGCUGGACCUGAGUUAUAAUAAACUUAAGGAUUUCAGAGUCAACAGUGCACACUAUCAGCUGGGAAAUCUAAGACUGAAGCUGCUCUUUGAUGGACUGAAAAAUCCAAACUGUAAACUGGAGAUUCUGAGAUUGUCCAGCUGUAAUCUCACUUAUCGUUCCUGUGAAGGCUUGGCUUUAGCACUAAAAUCCUCAAACUCCUUCCUGAAAGAACUGGACUUGAGUAACAAUGACUUGCAGGAUUCAGGAGUGAAGCUCAUCUCUGAAGGACUGAAGAGCCCUAAAUGUCAGCUGGAGAUACUGAGAUUAUUCGGCUGUAUGGUGACAGAGGGAGGAUGUAUUGCUCUUGCUUUAGCUUUGAGAUCAAACCCAUCACACCUGAGAGAGUUGGAUCUGAGCUACAAUCACCCAGGAGAUUCAGGAAUAAAGCUGCUCUCUGAUCUGUUGGAGGAUCCACACUUUAAACUGGAGAUACUCAAUGUGGCUCAUGCUAGAGAGAUCAUGAUCACAGCAGGACCACGCAAGUAUGCCUGUGAUCUCACACUGGAUCCAAACACAGUAAACCCUCAUCUCCGUCUGUCUGAGGAGAACAGGAAGGUGACACGUUUGGAAAAGGAGCGAGAGUCAUAUCCCGAUCAUCCAGAGAGAUUUGAUUAUUGGCCUCAGGUUAUGUGUAGAGAGAUUCUGACUGAACGCUGUUAUUGGGAGGUUGAAUGGAGUGGCUGUAAAGGUGUUGUUAUAUCAGUGAUGGAUAAAGAAAUCAGCCGAAGAGGAGCAGAUGAUGGAUGUAGAUUUGGGUUCAAUAAAAAGUCCUGGAGUCUUGACUGCUCCGAUUACAGAUUCACUGUUUGGCACAAUAAAAACAGCACUGAUGUUGCCUCUCCUUUAACCGCUUCUAAAAGAGUGGGAGUGUAUCUGGACUGUCCGGCCGGCAUUCUGUCUUUCUACAGCGUCUCAAAGAAGCUCACACACUUACACACAUUUAACUUCAUAUUCACAAAACCUCUGUGUGCUGGAUUCAGGAUUUAUACUGACUCCUCUGUGUCUCUGUGCUGUACUAAACAGCCUUCAAACAAGAUGAGGGUCCAGAUUCAUAAGUUUUGGAAUUUGGUUAAAAAAGAUUGAUGAUGAUUCUGCACUGAAUUUCUUCAUGAUUCUGCGAAUGCUUCGAUGUGAUUUUAGGAAAAAAACAUUUUGAAGUAAUGAUUUGCAGUAUUUAAAAUAGUUUAUUUAAAAGUAUUUGUAUACACAAAUUACACAUUUUUGUUGUGCAUGUGUGUAAGGGAAUUUAAAUUCAUUCUACUGUACAUCACAACCAUCUGCCAAGUGUGUAUGUGUGUAUGUGUGUGUAGGUUAUUUGGAGGGCAUUGCAUUGUUAUUUUUGCUGUGUUCUUUACUGUUUUUUUACUCUUAGAGUUUUUUUUUAAACUUGUUCAUAGUCUAGUCUUUUUGAUUAAUUUAUUGAUGGUUCAUGGUUAUUGAUUCUUGAGUUCAUGGCUCUAUGGGCUUAAAUCAGAGUCCUGAGGGAUAGGAGACAAAAUUUCCGCUAUUGGAGCAAUCAUUAGAAAAUGGAAGAAGCUAAACAUGACUGUCAAUCUCCCUUGGACUGGGGCUCCAUGCAAGAUCUCACCUCGUGGGGUCUCAAUGAUGAAUGUGAGAAAUCAGCCCAGAACUACAUGGGAGGAGCUGGUCAAUGACCUGAAAAGAGCUGGGACCACCGUUUCCAAGGUUACUGAUGGUAAUACACUAAGACGUCAUUGUUUGAAAUCAUGCAUGGCACGGAAGGUUCCCCUGCUUAAACCAGCACAUAUCCAGGCCCGUCUUAAGUUUGCCAGUGACCAUUUGGAUGAUCCAGAUGAGUCAUGGGAGAAAGUCAUGUGGUCAGAUGAGACCAAAAUAUAACUUUUUGGUCAUAAUUCCACUAAACAUGUUUGGAAAAGAAGAAUGAUGAGUACCAUCCCAAGAAAACCAUCCCUACUUUGGGACAGGGCGACUGCACUGUAUUAAAGAGAGGAUGACCGGGGUCAUGUAUUGCGAGAUUUUGGGGAACAACCUCCUUCCCUCAGUUAGAGCAUUGAAGAUGGGUCGAGGCUGGGUCUUCCAACAUGACAAUGAACCGAAGCACACAGCCAGGAAAACCAAGGAGUAGCUCUUUAAGAAGCAUAUCAAGGUUCUGGCGUGGCCUAGCCAGUCUCCAGACCUAAACCCAAUAGAGAAUCUUUGGAGGGAGCUCAAACUCUGUGUUUCUCCGACAGGCCAGAAACCUGACUGAUCUAGAGAAGAUCUGUGUCUAAAUUACAGUUGGUACAAAAUUCAGCUGCUAGAAUUCUGACUAGGACCAGUGCAAGGGAGCACAUCACACCUAUUAUGGAAAAUUGCACUGGCUUCCUGUUAGUUUCCAUAUUGAUUUUUAAAUUCUCAUCCAUCGGGGCAAGACCACUUUCUCUGGCUUCUCCUGGGAGCAUUACUGUCAUAUAUUUUUCUAUUUAUAUUGUACAGCUAUCCCUGUUAUGUAAAUGUUAUAAUUAUAACCAUAAGUGGUAAUAGAAUUGUUAUGGAAAUGUUAAAAAUUCUCAUACCUUUAUAAAUAAAUAUCUAAUGUAUAUAAUGAAAAUAAA